AUGCAAAAAGAAAAAAAAAAAGCAGGGGGUCACGUGAUGUGGAUCCAGGCUGUGACGUUGAAUUCUGCUCUGUCAGAAGACAGCAUCUGUCAAAGCCCACAUAUAAAGCACUGCCUGCGAGAGAGAAGCAGCAGCAGCAGCAGCAGGCUGGGAAGAAGCUGCUGCCGCCUCGCCUCCCUCCCCCUGCCUGCUCCGUAGUCCUCUGCACAGGCUGCCUAGCAACAAGACAAGGAGGUAAAUCCUCUACUAUUUAAUUCGGACGGACUACUAUGUUCUUUUCGGACGUCUUCUUCAGAUGGGUCGGCACUGGCAUGGAUACAGACGGCUGAACGCUGCAUUAGAGGGACAAUAACAGGGGACGGAUGUGUGAAUUCUUCCAAUGCGGAGGGGACCAUCUGUGAGCAGAGACUACGACCAAGACUUGACAUGCGGGGGGGGAAGAGGAGGAGGAUGUUUUCCCCAUUUCUCCUGAUGGAGGGAUAUAUAGGAUGUCCGUGACUGGACCGGGAGGCUUACAGACGGUCAGUGGGCAGAAGGGAGAAUUUUCGACACCAGUGCGCAUGUUCCAGGUCUUCACCCUCCUCUUCCAAAUGGUUACGUGCCAAAACUAUUCAGAAUUUUAUUGGUAAAAAUAAAUUAAAAAUAGGUUCUCCUCUAGGAAAUGGUUAAACAAAUGCUGAAGAAUGCAGGCCGCCAGCUUGUAGAUACUGCCACGCUGGUAGGGGUGGACUAACAGAGCGGGCAUUGGAGCAGAUGCAGUAUACCUGCAUCCGGAGGUCGACAGCAUGCUUCAGUGGAGGAGACGUCACUGCUGCCUGGCCAAGAUGACCUGGAACAACAAGCGCUCCCUAUUUCGGACCCACCUCACCGGCCUCCUGUCACUCGUCUUUCUGUUUGCCAUGUUCCUGUUUUUCAGUCACCACAACUCCUUCGCUGGCAGAGUCGGAAUGAAGGACAAUCCAGUGACUCACGCCAUCCGUGGAUUUAAAGCGAUGAAAAGCGAGACCAACAGCUCUCUAAGGAAUAUUUGGAAGGAUACCUUGCCUCAGACCCUCCGACCACACACCUCAUCUAACCUGAGCAAUGCCGAAUCGCAACACCAAGGUGUCACGGGCUUGGAGAACACCUUGAGCACCAAUGGAAGUAUUUACAGUGAAAAGGGCUUGGGGCGCCAAAACUUAUACCAUUACAAAUAUAUCAUAAAUGAGCCGGAGAAAUGCAAAGAGAAAACGCCUUUCCUCAUACUGCUUAUAGCGGCAGAGCCCCGGCAGAUAGAGGCUCGACAGGCUAUAAGACAGACCUGGGGAAACGAGAGCCUGGCACCGGGCACCCAUAUUGUCAGACUCUUUCUGUUGGGUUUACACACAAAGAUUAAUGGGUUAAUAGAACAAGCUAUUGUGGAUGAAAGCCGGCAGUAUCACGAUAUCAUCCAACAAGAAUACCUAGAUACCUAUUAUAACCUAACUAUUAAGACCCUUAUGGGCAUGAAUUGGGUGGCAACGUACUGCCCGCAUGUCCCGUAUGUUAUGAAGACUGACAGUGAUAUGUUUGUCAACACCGAAUACUUGAUACACAAACUACUGAAGCCUGACCAACCACCGAGAACCAACUACUUUACAGGGUAUUUAAUGAGAGGCUAUGCACCCAACCGGAACAAAGACAGCAAGUGGUACAUGUCACCGGACCUGUACCCGAGUGAGCGCUACCCAGUCUUCUGUUCUGGGACUGGUUAUGUAUUUUCUGGGGAACUAGCAGAGAAAAUCUUUAAAGUGUCUUUAAGUAUUAGACGGUUACACUUAGAGGAUGUUUAUGUUGGCAUCUGCCUUGCUAAGUUGCGUAUUGACCCUAUACCCCCGCCCAAUGAGUUUGUAUUCAAUCACUGGAGAGUUUCCUAUUCUAGCUGUAAAUAUAGUCACCUUAUUACCUCCCAUCAGUUCCAGCCCGGGGAACUGAUAAAGUACUGGAACCACUUACAACAAAAUAAGCACAAUGCCUGUGCCAAUGCAGCCAAGGAAAAAGCCAGUAGGUAUCGGCAUCGUAAAAUGCACUAAUAAAAAGGACUAUUCUGUGUGUGCAGAUAGGAAAGCAUGUCAAGUGGCAAACUUAUCUGAGCUGUAAAUGGGAUUGAGAAAUUAUUUUUUUAUUUAAAAAAGCAUAUAAAACUAUAUGGGGGGAUAUAAAACAAAAACAGGUGGAAAAAAAAAGAAACCUUGCAUUAAUAAAAACGUUGUGUGUUUAAUCUGUGCAAUAAGGUGCAUGCACACUUUAGUGGUACAGCUGCUACUUUAUGUGCCAAUAAAAUCCAUCUGGACAAAAAAACUCCCAAAACAAAGAACUUUAUCUGCACAUUAGGGUGCGUUCACAUGUUGCGUUAUGAUGCAAUUUUUGAAGCCAAAACUAGGAAUGCAAUCAAAAUAAGAGAAAGAAAUAUCAAUCUAAAAUAUACAAAAACACCAUUGAUUCUCCCAGUGCGAUCCACACCUGGCUUCAAAAACUGCAACAAAACAGCAAGUGUGAGCCCAAAAAUUGUUCAAUAGUUAUUGUUUCAAGCCAAAGCCAAUAAUGGCUUUAAAAGAAAUGGGGAAUCAUGAACAUUGUUAGUUCCUUUUAUUUGGAUCCACGUCUGGCUUUAGCCCAAAAAUCUGCAUCAAAAGCCAUUAGUGUAUGUUUCCCCCCCAAAAAUGCCUAUUUUGGUGCAGUAUUUUUAUGCAACUUUUACAAGCAAAGCGUUAAUAGGAAGGGGUAGGGGAUUAGUACAGGAAAUAAUCUAUUCUUUUAAUCCACUUCAAAUUUUGGCUUUAAAAACUGCAUCAAAGAGGUUAUGGGGAAAAAAUUCUGCAGAUUGUUUAUUCCUGUUUUUGAGUGGAUUUAAAAAGGAAUAAAGACAUGUAAAAAGGGAAGAUUUAUACUUUUCCUUCCUCCUUUACACUUUUUUUUUAUUAGCACAAAAAAAAAAAAAAAACUACAGUGGAUAUUUCUCAAGAACAAAAGCUAUGUGUGAAUUCUGCCUUUGGGUGUUUCCAUAGAUGCGGUUUGAUUCAGUUUUCAAAGCCAGAGAGAGUACCUUCAAAAGAAAAAUAAUCUCUCCUUCCUUUAUGAUCCACUCUGGAAAUGGACUUCAAAAACACCCUUAGUCCAUGUUCACAAGGCAGAAUUUUUGCGGAAUGUCUGUGCAAAACAAUUUCCAGCAGGCACAAACACCACUCGGAAAUGCAUUUUUCAACCAGAUUCCCCAAAAAAAGAAUUGACAUCUUAAUAGUUUUCCCCACAUAAAUUCCACCGUGUGCACCGUGAAUGACAUUGAAAGCAAUUUCUGAGCAGAAUUUUCCGACAGAUUUUGUUAGGAAAUUCGAUCGUGUGAAUAUAGCCUUAGGGUCUAUUCACACGGCAGAAUUUCCGCAUGCAGAUUCCACCUCAGUUUAAAGCCCAACAGACUUCUAUGGGAUUCCGCACUGCCAUUCACACUUCUGAAUUUCCGCAUGCGGAUUCCACACCAAUUCUGCACAAGCCAGAAACCACCCAAAUGAAUGCAGAAGCGGAAUUGGUGUGGAUUUGCAGGAAUUCUGCCGUGUGAAUAGACCCUUAGGGUGCGUUCACAUGCUAUUACUAACAGCGGGUUGGCCGCUGCAAGUUACGCUACCAUUGAUUUAAAUGGGUCCACAGACAGUCCGCAGUAGUGUCAGAUUUGCGGACUGUCCACUGACCCAUUCAAAUGAAUGGUAGCGUAACUCACAGCGGGUUUCCUGCAGCGGGAAACCCAUUGCUAGUUACUAGCGUGUGCACGCACCCUUAUAACGGUACGUUUACAUGGGCGGACGGGAGUUUCCCGCAGCGGACUCCAAUGAAGUCAAUAAAAUCUGCUGCAGAUUUUUCUGCUAAACUUGCAGCAGGAAACUCGCAUAAGAUCCCAGUCGUGUAAACGUACCCCUAGGGCUCGUUCACAUGAGCGGAUUUACCAGCAAACUCGCAGUUUGAAUGGACGGACACUCCACGGCAGAUUUUUUGGCAGCGGCAUUUACACUGCAAAAAAAUAUGUGCAGACCCCAUUAAAGACAAUGCGGUCUGCAGUGGAUUUUUGCCAACGGAAAUUAUGCUGCCCACAUUAAAAAUCUCACCAUUAAAUACUCUGCAAAUUAGCUGGCAAAUCUGCCCGUGUGAAUGAGAACUUAAUGCAGUAAUUUCAGCAACUGUUCCAUUCUUUCGACUUAUGCAAGAAAACAGUAAUGUGUGUGAAUCUGCACUUGGUUUGGUUUCUGCAGGUGCUUUCUUUUGUGGGUAGGUUCACACCACGUUUCUGUAUCCGUUUCACUACUUAUGUUACAGUCCACUUAAUUUAGCUUUUUAAAUAUGCGUUUGAGUAUUCAAGGGAAAAAAUUGUGUUACUAUUAAUUUAUUUGAUAUAUAUUCAAUAAAUAGAUGGAUAUAUAGUUAUAUCAUCCAUCUCAAAAAAAAAAAAAAAAAAUUAUAUAUUAUAUAUACAUAUAUAUAUAUAUACAUAUAUACAGUCUGUGGAAAAUGGAUUAUGCAUUUUUUUAAAUCAACUGGUGCCAGAAAGUUAAAGUUUUGUAAAUUACUACUAUUUAAAAAUCUUAACCCUUCCAGUACUUCUCAGCUGCUGUAUUUUCCACAGGAAGUUCUUUUCUUUUUUGAAUUUCCUUUCUGUCUGACCCCAGUGCUCUCUGCUGACACCUCUGUCCAUUUUAGGAAAUUUGUGGAGCAGGAUAAGUUUCCUAUGGGGAUUUUCUCCUACUCUGGACAGUUCCUAAAACGGACAGAGGGGUCAGCAAAGAGCAAAUUGGUCAGACAGAAAGGACAUUCAAACAGAAAAGAACUCCCUGUGGAGCACACAGCAGCUGAUAAGUACUGGAAUGGUUAAGAUUUUUUUAAUAGAAGUCAUUUAAAAAUAUGUUUAACUUUCUGGUACCAGUUGAUUGAAAAAAAUAAAUAAAUAAAUAAAGGUUUUCCAGUGGAGUACCCCUUAAAGGUAUACGUUUCCCUAUUAAACAUUUACGUUAAAUGGACAGCAAUGACGCGGUGUGAACGCGGGCUUAUACGAAUACCCUCAGCAGUCUACAAGGAAGCAGGUAUGGUUUACACCUCCUAAACCAAAAAUCACUGCACGUGGCGCUGAUUUUCCCCAUGUCACAGGAUCCCGGCAGAGGUCAGAGGGCAUGUAACCAACCGUUCCGGUUAUUAUGACACAAUGUUGACAUCGUAAAAACUGCAAAAAAAAUCGUUUUCAAUAAAUAAAGUGUUACCAGAGA